UAAAGGGGAUCGAGCGCUCGCCAUCAUCCACCCGCCCCAGCUUCUUCUUCUUCUGCUGCCUGUGCUGUUCGUGCUUGCUACUCGCAUCGAGCCAGAGAGGACCAGUGAUCAUGAGCUACCAAGCUCCUCCCCCUGGCACAGGCUACCCGCCGCCGGGCACCGCGUACCCUCCGCCGGGCCAGCAGGCCUACGUCGCGCCGCCGCCGGCGUACCCGCCGACCCAGGACGGCGGCGCGUACGGCCAGCAGAAGCAGCAGGAGACCACGAGCCGCGGCGGCGACGGCUUCUGGAAAGGAUGCUGUGCUGCCAUCUGCUGCUGCUGCCUCCUCGACAUGUGUUUCUGAGGACGACAAGGAGACCGGCCGGCCGGCAGCUGCUCGCGCGCCAUGACCAGGGCAUGCUGAGUUGAUGAUCACGCCGUGCUAUAUGUGUUACAUUACAUAUUGAUAGUGUUAAUCUUUAUUGGUGUGGUUAUAUCCAGUUGAGUGUUAUAUCUAGUCUGUUCUAUGUUAUUUGACAUUACUUUUAUAAUAACGCUGAAUUCGCUUCUUGAAAACCAAUAAAGAUUAACACUAUCAAUAUGUAAGGUAUGUUUGGUUGAUA